CGUCUCGCCUACCUCGAUGUGGGCUUGGCCUUUAAUGGCACGCCCUUUGCUAAACUUUAUACUUCUGCAAAAUUUUUGGAAACAAACGUGGAUUAUCUACCCAUUAACCUCAGCGACAUGUGUCGUCUGGCGGUUGUGUACAAGUCCGGUGGUUUCUACACCGACAUGGAUACCUUGGCUUUAAGAUCAGUCUUGAAUCUCACGAAUUUCAUUGCACUCCAGGUUGACGAGAUAAAAAGUUUCAACAACGCUGUGUUCCAUUUCAAGCGCGGACACUCCAUGCUUCAGCUUAUCAUGCAAUUCGUCACUGAAGACUACAAUGGGAUAAUCUACUCCUGGAAUGGUCCGGUCGCUAUAACGAAAGCGGUGGAGCGUUCUGGUUGUGACGCCACCCCACGCAACGCGAUGGGUCAACCUGCUUCAGAUGAACCACGCCAUUUUUCAUUGGAAACUUCGGUGAAGAUUGUAAAUGAACAUGAUGAACAGAUUGAGCUCUGUGAUUGGCUGGCCUUGAAAACGUCUUACUUCUAUCCAGUAUAUUGGGAUCACGCUCUGCCAUUCCUAUUCCUGGCUACAAUGAGAUCUAACAACAUAACUAUACACGAA